CCACCCUCGAUUAUUCAGAGUGCUUUCGUCUGCGGACUAGUCCUGUUACGAGCCUUUAGCAUCUGGAAUAGGACUUUCUCCGUUGUACCUUUUCGUGAAGAAAAAGAAGACAUUGUUCUUUGACUUUCACUCAUGCGAUUAGACUACAGAGAAUACAAGCGCAUUUAUAACUUGAAAUUUAUGUUCGGACGACAUUCUACAGCCCAAUUGCAAAGGACUAAAACAAAAAAAAGAGUUUGGUGCUGAAUACAAAGUGAUACGGUGGUCCGAUGGCUCGCUCGCAUGACUAAUUAAUAGUCUAUCAAGACUAGGUCGCGCGCUCCCCUGUUUUUUGUGUUAUAAACUAUGGCGUUUAGGGCAAGAGCCUUGUACGACUUUAGUUCGGAAAAUCUAGGAGAGAUAUCGAUUACUGAGAACGAAGUUGUUACUUUAUACAGCGAACAAGACAUAGAGGGAUGGCUAGAGGGAACAAACAGCAGAGGGGAUAUUGGUCUUUUUCCAGCCUCAUACGUGGAGAUUCUCAGAAAUGAAUCAUCUGACAUCUCGUCCAACAAUAAUGGCAUGUCGGCGGAUCAAGGUCAACCCGACUCCCCAUCAAGUGGAUAUGAUUCAUCAUACCAUUCCCAGUCCUACUCUCGUGCUGAGAACAUUAAAGAUCCGACCCACUCCGCUUAUCCUGUGCAAACUCCCCAGCGCCAUGGUUACCAGACCAGUCAAGGUAGUGAUGAUGACUGGGAUGAUGACUGGGAUGACAGCUCUACUGUGGCGGCUGAGCCUGGAACUAAACAUGACAAUGAUGGAACUAGUUCCACAGCAUACACGGUGACUACUUCGUUGCCUGGGAGACGUGACAGUGCCCAAGCCAAAAGUUCAGCAACAAUAGGUAAAAACCUCAACAGGUUCUCAACCUUUGUGAAAUCUGGCGGAGAGGCUUUUGUAUUGGGCGAGGCGGCUGCCUUUGUCAAAGAUGGGGACAAGAUCUGUGUUGUCAUGGGGCAGUAUGGGCCAGAGUGGCAGGAAGACCCAUACCCGUUUGCCUGCUCCAUUGAUGACCCCACCAAACAGACAAAAUUCAAAGGCAUGAAGAGUUACAUGUCAUACAGACUGACUCCCUCUCAUACCCAGAGCCAGGUGAAUAGAAGAUACAAGCACUUUGACUGGCUCUACGCUCGACUUGUGGAACGCUUCCCUGUCAUCUCAGUCCCCCAUCUGCCUGAGAAACAGGCCACUGGGCGCUUUGAACAGGACUUUGUCUCCAAACGCAGAAAAGGUUUGAUAUGGUGGAUGAACCACAUGACGAGCCACCCUGUCCUGGCUAGAUGUGACGUCUUCCAGCACUUCCUCACCUGCCCCAGCACAGACGAGAAGACGUGGAAGAUGGGCAAGAGAAAGGCAGAGAAGGAUGAGUUGACUGGCGCUAACUUCUUCCUGACCAUCUCCACCCCCGUUGUUCCACUGGACCUACAAGAUGUAGAGAACAAGGUCGAUGGGUUUAAAGCCUUCACCAAGAAGAUGGAUGACAACUGCCUAGUGGUGAACGCCACCAUCAACGAGUUCGCCCGGAAGCAGAUCACCGGAUUUAAGAAAGAGUAUCAGAAAGUGGGUCAGUCUUUCAAACUGUUGGGCCAAGCCUUUGAGAUGGACCAGCAGUCCUAUUCUGUAGGACUGAACCGUGCCAUAGCAUUCACAGGAGAGGCCUACGAGGCUAUAGGAGACUACUUUGCUGAGCAGCCCAGACAGGAUUUGGACCCCAUAUCGGAUCUGCUGGACCUGUACAAGGGACAUCUGGCCAACUAUCCUGAUAUCAUCCAUGUUCAGAAAGGUGCCCUUACCAAAGUGAAGGAGUGCCAGAAACAGGAAGGGGAGGGAUCAACCAUCAACGAGCGUUGUAACAUCAUUUCCUGCGCCACACUGGCUGAGAUCCAGCACUUUCACCGUACACGCGUACGUGACUUCAAGAGCCAGAUGCAACACCACCUCCAGCAGCAAAUCAUCUUCUUCCAGAAGAUCACUGGGAAGCUAGAAGAGGCACUGCAGAAGUACGACGAGGAUAUCAUAUAAGGCCCUGGAGAGAUGAGCAUGGAUACAGAGGGAUGAAGAGAGGAGGAGGGGGGACUAAGGGAGAGAGAGGAGGGUGGAUACAGAGGGAUGAAGAGAGGAG